GCCCAAUCACUUGCACUCUUAUCAUCUUCUCCUUCCCCGCUCUUCCCUCGACAGUCAUUUAAUGGAGUCUCUUUCUAUGAUCCCUUUAUCUUCUCCACCCUUCCCAAACCACCCCAAAACCCUCAAAUCAAUCUCUCCAAACCCCGUUUCUAAACAAACCAAACCUCACGCCAUUAAACCAACCUCUCCCUCACCCUUUCUUCCCUCCAUAAACCCUCUCUUAUCCCUUCAAAACUCUCCUCUUUUACAAACCGUAGCCAAAACCCAUGUUUCCUUCACCUUAACCAACCUAUUUGCUUCCUUCCCUUGCCUCGCCGCCGCCGAAACAGUCAUAUCUCCAACCGAGCCAGGCAAAGUAAACCUCGAAGCAGUGUUGGUUUCGGUCGAUGAAUUUUUUAACAAAAACCCAUUCUUCGUUGCUGGCUGCACUUUAAUCUGGCUCGUUGUUGUACCUUUAAUUAGACAGAACUUGAGCAAAUGCAAGUUUGUGCCCGCCAUUGAUGCGUUUAGGAAGCUACGCGAUGACCCGAAUGCACAACUUUUGGAUAUUAGAGAGAACAGGACUCUAGCUUCUUUGGGUUCCCCUGAUUUGAGUUCUUUGAACAAGGGAACGGUUCAACUCCAGUUUAGUGUUGAAGACGAGGAUGGGUUCGUGAAGGAAGUGCUGGAGAAGUUCCCAAACCCUGCAAAUACCGUUAUCUGUGUGCUUGACAAUUUUGAUGGUAAUUCCUUGAAAGCAGCCGAGUUAUUGUAUAAGAAAGGCUUUAAGGAGGUUUAUGCAAUCAAGGAUGGAGUCAUGGGCAAGAAAGGAUGGCUAGCUAUACAGGAGACCCUUUUGCCACCUUCUGUACAUAUUAAGCGCAAGAAGAAGAAGGUCAAAAUUUCUCAAGGUUUUGGAGCAAAUGGAGCAGUUAAUCAAGUCGAGGAUAAGAAAGAUGGUUCCUCUCCAACAAAUGCUCCUGUAAUGGAAAGCCAAACGACGGAUCAUGAAGUUACCGAAUCCAUUCCACAUGCAAAAGUUCAUUCUGGGUCCUCUUCACCUUACCCUAACUAUCCGGAUCUGAAGCCACCGUCUUCUCCUACUCCAUCACAACCAGGAGAAUGAAAUACGCUGAGUAUCUCAGCCGGAGGACACGAUUCCUGCCUGGACCAUUCAUUGCUUGAAUGCCAUUCCACUGUCGGGAAGCACAUUUUCAUUUUUUUGGUUGUAAAUUACCCUUAUAAUCCAACUUCUUGAGAGAUUAUUUUAUGUUAUAUUAUUGUACUUGUGGGUUUGAAACCCCUAUUUUAAC